AGGAACGGAAAAGAUUUUGUAUAGCUCUAAGAUCAUAUUCAAGACUGUAAAAGGGAAGAAAUGUUACAAUUUUUCCUUUUCUAAACUUUCAGCGGAUUCAACUUAAGAGAAAUUUUGUUCAUUUGUCUAAUUAAGUAUUUUAAAGCAUUAUUAUUUUUUUUAUAGACUGAACUAUGGCUACUUCUCUCAGUGAAAUGAUUGCUGCCCCUACUCUUUCUUUGGUAAAGUAUGAAACACCAACUUUAGUGACAACAAAAGACGCGGAUACCAAAGGAACUCGCAGGGAAUCUCGUUUACCCAAUAUACGUGAUAAUAAGCCAUCGUCAGCAAGAUCAAGUCGCCAGGAGACUAAAAGCAAAGAUCUGCAAGUAGCUGAAAUACUGGAUGCUAUUCUUCCACCCAGAGAAUUCGAAGAGGAUGGCAAGCUGUGGAUCCAGCCAGUAUCAAGGACUCCAGCAACAAGAUUGGAUGUGAUAAAUCUCGCAGAAAAAUUGGAUGCUCGUCUCAUUGAACGUAAUGCUAGAGAAAUUGGAAUUUGCCCUAUACGAAGGGAGCUGUAUGAUCAGUGCUUUGAUGAACUGAUUCGUCAGGAAACUCUUAACUGCAUGGAAAGAGGUUUGCUUUUAGUUCGAAUUCGAGAUGAGUUGAGAAUGAGCCUUGCUGCUUAUGAAAACCUCUACGAUAGUGGGGUGUCUUUCGGAAUCCGGAAAGCUCUGUUGUCUGAAAGAGGAAAAAUGGACAUAGUAGAAAGGCUGGAUUUCCUGACGGCUGAAAACGAAGAAAUGCGCAAGCAACUGAAGCUGCAGGAAGCUCGGCAUGCCCUCAUGGAACGAGAUUGGGAGCAACAAACUGCUGUCGAAAGCAAAAAACUAGGUGACAAAAUCGAACUUCUGGAAAGAGCAAAUUCUCAAUUGAAGAUGUAUCCUGAAUAUUCUUAUCCGUGGUACUCACACUCACGGACAUUCGCUCCUUUGUAUUCCAAGGACAUGUACACUAGGAGGGCCUUGAUGUCCAUCAAUGCUGCCAGAGCCAGAGUCCGAAACAUUCUCGAAUACCCCUCUUACAGGCUCCCAGCUUUGAGAUUAUCUCCAGAGACACGAAUUAACCUCUACAGAAAAAGAGCCAGAAACUUGUCCCUCGAAUGAUGAAUUUGAUAAACGUCAAAAAAAGUCGAACUGUAAUAGUGUAAAUUGAUGAUAAAUGAAUAAGAGUAAUUUUAGAUUUUAAAUUGGGUAAGAAAAAUAAAUAAAAAAUUUUUUAAUUGAAUUAAUUGGAAAAAUUAAUUAAGUUGAGAAUUAAAUUAAAUGUGGAAAGUUAUCGAAAAUAUGUCUGAAAAAAAAAGGCAAUUUAUCUAAAAAAUUAAAAGCUGUUUAAUAAUGUUAACAUUCAAAAUAAAAGUUUGAUUGUGAAAAUUUAGGUCGAAGUUUAACAAGCAACAUCGCCAAUCUCAAUUUUCUAAAUUUUAAAAUAAAAAGAAAAGCUGAAAUUUUCUAAAUCAAUAAAGUAUAACUUUUUAAUUACUUUUUCUUCUAAAGGCAUUAGGAAAAUUGAGAUGUACAAUGUUGUUUGUUAAGGAACAAACAGCUAAGAUAGCAGAAAUAUGUGCCUACGUUAAAAGACUAAACAUCUGGAUGUGCUAAAUUACAAAAAUCAAAAUCGAGCAGGCUUGAAUAAUUAAGCAUUCAUAUCUUCAACACCUUCUGGUGUUAAUUAUUUAAAGCCUAUUAAAAAAUAUUUUGAUUUUAUGAAUAUAGUCUUGAAAAUGAUCCAAGAUAAAAGCAGUUACUAGUAAGUCUUCAAUUUUAAAUGAAACUCGAUGAAAUUAAUUCUCUUAAUCGAAAUAGUGAGACAAUAAAAAUACAAUAUACUGAUGCAUUUUAUAAUGGAAUCAAUUUUGUUACCUCAGUAUGAAAAUUAAAAUACACGCAAAGUUUGUACACAGCUGAUAGUAAUAAAAUCCCAAUUCAGUUUUGCUUUCAAAUAAACGAGAUUUGUAUAAAGGGUGUGCUAUUGUUCCUUGUCAUAAAAUACACUUUACAAAUAGUUCCAUGCAGUUAUUGCAGAAAACGGACUUGAGUCAGUUUCCUUGCAAAUAAAAAGGAACUGAUGCUGGUUCUAGUUUUUUAUAGCUCAGGUUGAAUGACAGAUUACUUAUAGACGAUGAUGUAAAUUAUAUAAUUAUUAAUGAUGUAACUACACAUACACAAACAAUGAUAAUACAAGUAAAUAAUGUAAUUAAAGGAACUAGGAAGGAAUAUAAACUUGUAUAUAUAUAUAUAUAUGCAAUUUAUUAAUAUCGAAUCAACUUGAAAAUUUUAGAAUUUUUUGUGCAUGUAAAGAAAAGGAAUUUCAUAUGAGGAAAUGGAAAUAAUUUAAAACAAAAAAUCUGUGCUUUUUUCGGUUAAAUGAUUCGGUUGGGAACUGCACAAUAAUUCACAAAAUAUCCAAUAGGGGAUCCUUUUAGAAGCAGCAAUAUUGCCUUUUGGCGUUGACUUAAAAACAUUCUAUCAUUGCUCGAAACUACUUUGUUAGUGAAAACAGUUUGAAAUAAGAUUUGUAAUAUUAUUAUUAUCAUAUUUGUAAAUAAAAAAAAUUUUGAAAUUAGAAAAAGAUUCAAAUCUACUUUCUGGUACGAGAUCAUACGGCCAAAAAAAAAAAGUCUGUCUCUCACGAUUUAGCGCGUGAGAGACAGGGGACUGACAUCAGAUCGGUCUAUUUCGAUAAGUUAAGAAACAAGGAUCAAUCAAAAUCUUAUAAUUUUUUACUGUUUUUCGGGUCUUUGUGACAUGUUACUGAAGAUAUAUCAGUAAUUAAAAUUAGAAAAUUGCACCAAGAUAAACACAGUCGCAUUAUUUCUCCACUAUUCAUGAACCACUUCAUACUUUUCCCUCUCUCAGCAAAUGCAUCCAUCUACUUUAGAUGGAAAAUCAGUCGCCAACUCAUCAGAAUCAUGUAAUAACGACGAAGUCGUUAAAGCGGGGAAGCAAAAUUUGUUGUAAAGUUAAUAACCUAUUUGCUUUACUAUAAUGGGGACUAACUAUCUUGGUUAUGCAUCUAUGCCGGAAAAUAAAUUUCAGCUUUAGAAAAAAAAACCUUUAAAUUUCGAUCUUAUGUGUAUUUCAGAAUUUAUUAAUCUAAUAAACAUUAAAUGUGCACUUUAUAAAAAUUAUUUUUUAUUGUUUACUUUAUUAAUUAUAUACAUUCUUUUGGCUAUUUAAUUGCAUGUCUGUAUUAUAUGUGUCUAGCUGCAAUUUAAGUGCAAUUUUGUUUUUCUAUUUGUCAAAGAUUUUGGUCUCAAGAUCGCAGUGAUUUCUUGAGAUACAAACGUGAGACACAAAGAUACUUAUCUCUCAUGCGUUGUUUAUGUAAUAUUAUUUUUUCAUAAUGUUGAUAAAAGCUGUAACCCAAAUUAUUUAAAUAAAGCACUACCAACACUU